GGACAAGUGUUAUAUGUUUAGUGAAAUGUGUGGAAAAUGCGGAGUGAGAGUUCAAAGGCGACGUAAACAAACUUACCAGCAUCUUUGGUAAUGUAGCUGUGAAGGAUUAUAAAGCCGCGUGUUUUGUUUAUGAAUUUGUUUAGGCGCUUGCUUUGUUUUUGCACCCAUUUUAACAUUAUUUAAUAUGAGCGUUUAGCAGAUGUAAUAUAUCAUGUUUGAAUGCUAAAGCCAGAGCGGGGAUUGUAGGUUAUACACGCUGCUUAGCAUUUUCAGAAUCAGAAUCAGAACCAGAAGAAUCAAGUUUAUUGGUCAAGUUUGUUGACACACACAAGGAAUUUGGUUCCGGCAGUUGGUGUCUCUCUAGCGGGGAGGGAUAUAUAUAUUAUUUCAUUCAUAAUGGCAAUCCCUAUUGCAAUCCUGGAUUGUGACCUUUUGCUUCAUGGCCGUGGGCACAAAACACUGGAUCGAUUUGACAUUGAAACCGCAUCAGAUGAGUUUCUGUUGACAACAUUUGGUUUCCCACGUGAGUUCAUCUACUACUUGGUGGAGCUGCUGAAGGACAGCUUCUUAAAACGCACACAGAGGUCGCGAGCAAUCAGUCCUGAUGUUCAGAUUCUUGCAGCUUUGGGUUUCUAUACAUCAGGGUCCUUCCAGAGCAAGAUGGGAGAUGCCAUUGGCAUCAGCCAGGCCUCAAUGAGUCGCUGUGUCUCCAAUGUCACCAAAGCUCUGAUUGAGAAAGCCCCAGAGUUCAUUGGCUUCAACAGGGACGAGGCCACCAAGCAGCAGACUAAAGAAGAGUUCUACAGAGUGGCAGGGAUUCCUAAUGUGAUAGGAGUUGCAGACUGUGCACACAUAGCGAUAAAAGCACCUAAUGCAGAGGAUUCAUCGUAUAUUAAUAAGAAAGGCUUCCACUCAAUUAAUUGCCAACUGGUUUGCGACGCCCGGGGGUUGCUACUGAGCGCGGAGACACAUUGGCCUGGCAGUCUAACAGACCGAGCUGUUUUUAACCAGUCUAGCGUGUGCAAGCUGUUUGAGGAGCAGGUGAACUACGAGGGCUGGCUUUUAGGAGAUAAUCGCUAUCCUCUGAGAAAGUGGCUGAUGACCCCAGUGCCGAAUCCCAAGACUCCGGCAGAUUACCGCUACAACCUGGCUCAUAUGACCACGCACGAGAUCGUAGACCGCACGUUCCGUGCUCUCCAGACACGCUUCCGGUGUUUGGAUGGAGCAAAAGGCUAUCUGCAGUACUCGCCUGAGAAGUGUUCUCACAUCAUCCAAGCAUGCUGCGUUCUCCAUAAUGUCUCACUGCAGUCCGGACUGGAUGCCUGGACUUUUGAGAGGACUGAGGCCACUGACCAAUCAGAUGAGAGCAAUGAUCCAACAGAACAAGUGGACUUGGAGGCACUGAGAGUCCGACAGGAACUGAUCCAGAAUCACUUUAGCUAAAGCUGAGCUGGGACGGAGCCACAGAGCAGGCAUGAUGUCUUGGACUGAAGAGGGCACUGUGUAUUUUCUUAAGACUUGACAAUUUAGAAGUGACUGGAGGCACCUAACAGGAACCUAAACAUCUUUGUGAUUUGUGCUUGGUAUUUGUAGUAAAGAUGUAAACAAAUAUGACUAUGGAUUGAACAGACAAUUCGUACUGAAUAAAUACAAAUACACAUGCCA